ACCAAUAAUGAUGAGUGAGACUAUUCCUAGCUCCAGUGAGUGGUUCCCAUUCCAUGAGCAAACAUCUAUUCAUGGGCAGGCUGAAACUUAUUCUUCUUCCCUUGGAUUUUCAGAUGCCACCAUAGUUACAACCACAACAACUACACCAAUUGGUGCUUCUGAUCAUAGCUUAGUGUUAAGCCCUACCUGUUCAACUACAGCAACUGCUCCCUUGACCCCUAAGGUUUGUGUGUCGAAGACAAUCAGAAGGAGGUCUAGGGCGUCUAAGAAGACACCCACUACCCUUCUCAAUGCCAAUACUAAAAAUUUUAGAGCCUUGGUGCAGCAAUUUACUGGCUGUAAUAGCACAACUAGAUCAUUCGGUAGACAAAUGGGUCCAAUCAACCUGAAUUUUCAACUGGGUAGUGCACAAAAUCACAAUAUUGAAACUACAAUAAUGAGUCCAUUUUUUGGCAGUUAUAAUAAUUAUCCUCAUCAAUAUCAUCAGUAUCAGAUGCAACAACAAGAACAACAACCGCUGCAGCAGCAACACCAUGAUCAUCAACAGUCACUGCACCAGGAGCAGAAGUACAUGGUUUCAUCGCUUGAGGAUUUCUAUUUCCGAGGGCCUGGAGACAUUGGCACUACUACUGCAGGAAAUAAUUUAGAGAUCCCAGAUGAGAUUCUCAUCAUGGAUGAUUUUCCUUUGUAUGAACUUGCUAGGGAGUCCUUGUACAAUGAAAAUAUGAAUGUUACAUCUAGCUAGUACAAUUAGUCUAUUUAGCUAGCUAGAAGGUGAAUAUAUUCUCCCUCUUAAUUAGAUCAAUGGACAAUUUAAUUUUUACUUCAA